UGUUUUCGUUGUCAUUUUGAGGAUAUUUCAUCAUAACUUUUUAAACAAAUUUUGUUUCUUUUUGAUUUCUCCCAAGUUCCAAUGGAUCUACCAACACAAACAACAACAUUUGUAAAUAAAGUCCCACAAACCAUACCCGACCAGCAUUUCAUUCUCAAAACAGAAUGGCACACAAAUAAUAUCAAUCUACAAAUCCUUGAUACACACAGAUCCAAGGAAUGGCAAGGUAAUGUUCGCUUCGAUGAUCUUAAACAAUCAUCUGAAGAAUUAGAAAUUCCAUAUGAAAAAUUCUUUGAUGAAUGUAAAGAAGCAUUAACAACAAAUGGCGGUGCCAAACAUUUUGAAUAUGUUGUUGAAAAUGAUAAAUUUAAUUUAAUAAAAAAAGAUCAAUUCCAAAUUCAAUAUUUGGAACUUGAUCUUACGACCAAUCCUGAAUUGAAAUCUGAUUUUGGAUUGGCAGCUGUUGAUUUGAUAGCUUCUUUACGAGCAGAAUUGUCUCAAUGCAAAGAAUCCACAAAAGAAUUGAAUGAAAAAUAUCAAACGAUGGUUAGCACUGUAGAAAAAUGCUUGGAAGAGAAGAAUCAAUUGGAAAAGAAUCUUCUCAACAAGUUUGCUUUGCUUUUGAAUUCAAAGAAGGACAAAAUAGCUGAAUUGCAAGAUUUGCUUGUCGAAAAGAAUAGAUUACUUGAAGAUGCUGGCAUAUCUCCUGAGGAAACUACAGGACAACAGGAGAAGAAGAAUUCGACGGAUUGUGAUGCCAAUGAUAAUGAUGAUGAUUUUUUACAACCAACGCAAGUUAUGACACAACCUGUUAGCAAAAGUUUACCGAAACGAGUUAAACUAGGAAGUUAAGUAGCGAUUCGAGUUGUAUCAAAUCUAUAGAAUAGAAUAAUGACUUAAAAAAAUUCAAACUUUAAAGUGUAAUUAUUUGUAUUGUAAAAAAUAAAAUAAAUUAUCUGUAA